AUGUGCUCGGAUAUAACAAUUGAUAUUGAAUCUUCUAAAAUUAGUUAAGAAACCAUCUCAAGGGAAUGUGAAAAUGCUUAUAACUUAAUCAAUAGUUUAGAACACUUUAAAUAGUGUAAAGCUUUUGGUUUUAAUAAAUCCAAUGAUAUUUGGGUGUUGGGCUCUGGUUUUGAAAUUUUAGUUUGUGAAUAUCAAAAUGAGACUUUAAGAGUAGAAUAAGUUUUAUAAGGACACUAAUCUUGUGUAUCUAAUAUUCUUUAUAGUAACAAAGAAGAUAUGUUUUUUUCGGUGGGGAGUUGGGAUGAUAAUGUAAUAGUUUGGAGAAGAGAUUAAAAAAGAAAAUGGAAUAAACAAUACCUUAACUACAAAGUAGAUUAAACAAGAGAUUUUGAAAUAAUUUAGUUAAUAUUGAAUGAAGAUGAAGAUGAGCUGAUUGGUGUAAUGGAUUACAAUUUUUUAAUUGUUUGGAAGAAAGGACUUUAAAACUAAUGGGAAAAUAGUUAAGUGAUUUCGAUUAGUAAAAAUGAGCUGUCUUAAAUUCUUUAAGUGAGUUAUGACAAAGAGUUCAAAAAAAUAAUCACGAUAACAUUAAACGGUUAAGUAUAAAUUCUUUCUAAGAAUCUACAAGAAUAGUGGAAGAAAUAAUAAUCCAUAUAUCUCAAAGCAUUAAAAGGUAAGAAAUUUUACAAUAGAGACAUUGAUUCAUUGAUUUUAUAGUGUUAAAAUGCAGAAUUUUUAUUAUUUCAUUUUAAUAAAGAAAAUGAAUUAUAUGAAGAAUGCCAUGUUAAGAUUCCUUCAUCUACUAAAACAUAGCUAUAUUAGUUUAUUGAAUCAAAUUUCUAAACUUCUUAAAUUCAAGAAAUUUAUGCUUUGUAAAAAGAAAAACAACUUUAGAUACUAAAAAUGGAUGAAAGAAAAUAAUAUUAAAAAAUAUAGACAAUAUAAUUUGAAUAAAACUUUUUCUAUCAAUUUACAAAGAAUAAUUAAUAUCUUAUUACAUGGGAUUAUUCUAAAUGCUUAAAAAUAUGGAAAUAAAAAAAUGAUUGA